AUGCCUCGGGGACAGAAGAGUAAAGUUCGUGCCCGUGAGAAACGUCGCCAGGCCCGAGACGAGAUCAGGGAUCCAGUGGGUGCUCAGGCCACUAUACCAGAUGAAGAGUCCCCUUCUCCCCCAUCUCCUGGUUUCAAAGAUCCUCAGAAUUCACCUGUCACUGGAACACCCAGCAAUCCUCAAGUGCCUGGGGCAGCCUGCUCCACCACCGCUAGUGCUGCGGCUGUUUCAAGCACAAGAUAUGACGAAGAUGCUAAUAAUCAAAUGCAGGAAAUGCUAAUUGCCUUACAUGUCAGUGAUAUCACUGAGCCCUGGUGUAGAGGCCCUCUGGAUGAAAAGGUGGUUGUGUUGGUGCACUACCUGCUGGACAAAUAUCAAAGGAAAGAGCCUAUUACCAAGGUAGAUAUGCUGAGAAAUGUAAUCCAGGUGUACAAGCAUCAUUUCCAUGAGAUCCUCAGGAGAGCUUCUGAGCAUUUGGAGCUGGUCUUUGGCCUUGAUAUUAAGGAAAUGGAUCCCAACAGGAAUACUUAUGUUCUCAUCAACAAACUAGAACUAAGCUGUGAUACGGGAGAACACAGAGGUGUGCCCAGGACUGGUGUGCUGAUGACUGUCCUGGGCGUGAUUUUCAUGGAGGGCAACUGCGCCACUGAAGAGGAAGUCUGGAAAGUGCUGAAUAUGAUGGGGUUACAUGCUGGGAGGAAGCACUUCAUCUUUGGGGAUCCCAAGAAGCUCAUCACAGAAGAGUUGGUGAAAAAAAAAUACCUGGUGUACCGCCAGGUGCCCGACAGUGAUCCUCCAUGCCACGAAUUCCUGUGGGGCCCAAGAGCCCAUGCUGAAACCAGCAAGAUGAAAGUCCUGGAGUUUGUGGCCAAGAUUAAUCAUACCAUCCCCAGUGCCUUCCCAUGCCAUUAUGAAGAGGCUUUGAGAGAUGAGGAAGAGAGAGCCCAAGCCAGAUCUACAGCCAAGGCUCGUAUUGCUGCCGUGGCCAGUGCACGCACCAAGGCCGUACCCAGAAGCUUUUUCUGCCCCAAGUGA